AUGGGUAAAUGGGUUCAUUCCUAUUACAUAAAGGGGAGGGAUAUUGGGAGCACUCAUUGGCCUGUUAACAUGUCUUGGCCUUUGAGAAAGAUUUUGAAUGCUCAGAAUCUGGUGGAUAAUAUUGGAGGGUGGUCUGCAGUGUGUAAGAAUGAUGUCUUCUCCAUUAAAACCAUGUACCACUUGCUGGUGGGGCCAUCUGAUAAAGUUAGUUGGAGGAGAAUUAUUUUCCAUAACAAAGCUUCCCCAAAAAGUCUGUUUAUUUCUUGGUUAGCUGUUUUGGGGAGAUUGCCUACUCUGGACAGACUCAUGAAGUGGAAAGUAGUGGAUACAAAUGUGUGCCCAAUGUGCUCCUGUGUGCCUGAAUCUGUUCAGCAUCUGUUCUUUGAGUGUUGUUACUCAGCAGCUGUUUGGUCCCCUGUGCUUGUUAGCCUUCAAUUUCAUAGACCUGCUUCCCAGCUGGAUAAUGAAGUGGUGCAGAUAACAAGAGCUGCUAAGAGGUCUGGUGAUAGGUUUAAGUUGCUCCUGAUGUUCUUUGCAGAGUGUAUUUGUAGCAUUUGGUUGCAAAGAAAUGCAAAAGUUUUCAUCAAAUCCUGCAGAAGCCCUCAUGAUCUGCUGAGAGAGAAUAAGUAUAGAGUAGCCUGUAGAACUACUGAUCAGCAAAAAUCCAUUCUUCUGAUGUAA